AUGGUUGAAUCAACGUUAUUGUCGAUUGUUUUGUUGGAUUCUGAUAUUAUACAAUCCGAUGACUGUCGAGAUGCAUUAACACAUUUAAAUUCAUGUAUUAGUUGUGUAAAUACAUUUGUUAAUGUAGAUCAAUGCAUUGAUUACAUAAAAAGCCGAUCAAUAAGUGAAAAAGUUCAUUUUAUUAUUUCUGGUUCAUAUGCUGAAAAUAUUAUUAAUUUAUCCAUAUUCAAUAUACCACAAAUUCACACUGUUUAUAUUCAUUGUAAAAAUACGGCUAAGUAUCAAUAUUUACUUGAAUUAUGUCCGAACCUUGAUGGUAUAUAUGAUAAUAAAAGUUACCUUCUUACAUCCUUAAUUAGAAGUAUGAAUGAUCGAGAACCUCAUUCAACAUUUAUAAAGAUAAUUAAUCCAGAUUUUUAUCAACAAAACAAUAUAAGAAAUUUGAACAAAGAUACUGAAACAUUUGUAUGGUUUCAAUUACUGAUUCAUCUGCUUCUUCGGACUGAGCAAACUCAAGAAUCCAAAAUGGAAAUGCUAAAUUUUUGCCGACAAUAUUACAAAGUAAUUCUCUAG